ACGGCGUGAAACGGCGUGAAACGGCGUGAACCACCAUGAGCAUGCGCAGUGACGAGCUAUUGAGCCCAGAUCAGAAAGGGGGCAGUUUGGAUGAAUUGGUACCAUAUUUUGCCCCUUCCUGUUUCCCACUACUGCGGGUAUACAGUCGACUACAAAAGCUUACAGACCACGGGAUCUCAUGAAAGGUUGAAUUUUCGAGCACCCUAUAGCAGUAGCCAGUAACACCACACACCGCAGUGUUCUUAUACUAGUAGAGGCUGGGCAUGCAAAUAGCCGGCUGCGCUUUGAGGACGUGGAGAUAUUCAGUUCAUUUUUUUCUUUUUCUUCUUCUUAGAUCGCAUGGUCCGGAAACACUUACGGUCGACUGUGAAUUGAACUUAGAGCCGCAGCAGGCAUGCAUCAAGCAAAACUGAAAUUGCGUUCACCGUUAAAUUGAACUGAAUAAUGCGAUGAGGCGGCCAUAUUGCUUCUACGAAAAAUAAAUAUGCGGAAUUUAAUAAUUACCACAAUAAUACUAAUGAACCUUUCAAUUAUUUACUUUACGGACGCGUAUCCACCUGGAACGAAUUAUGAGGACUACACAAGUCUCGAGAUAUCAAUUUUCAAUGUGUCGGAGGAAAUGCAUUGGCGUUCCAGUUACUUCAGUGCUUCAAUGCAGAAAACCUCGUUUUCUUGAAAAAGUAAGUGGAACAGGGCACAUUUGCCGCUAGUUCGACGGCGUAUAUCUCGAAACCGGUGCCCUCCUAAGAAUUCGUUCCAGGUCUAUAUGCAUUGUGAGCUCGCUAGCUAUAUGCGGCGUAAAGUAAUUACUUAGAAAGGUAAUUAGUGCAAAUAUGGCUAUUCAUUAAUUAAGCACUUUCAUUUCUCGUCGAAGUAAUGACCACCUCCUCGAGUAACUUAGCUCCAAGAUUGGGAUGGUGCUGUCUACCGCAGGCAGUUUUUAAAUUUUGCGUUGAAUUCAAUGGAAUUCUGGUGUUUUACGUGACAGAGCCACGAUUUGAUUAUGAUGCGCGCCGUAAUGGGAGACUGCAGAUUAAUUUUGACCACCAGGGGAUCUUUAACGUGCUCCCAGUGCAGGGAAUACGGGCGUUCUUGCAAUUCGCCCCCAUCAAAAUGCGGCCGCCGCGACCGGGAUUUGAUCCUGCUACCUCGUGCUUAGCAGCGCUACACCGUACCCACUAAGCCACCGCGGCGCGUCAUAAAGUUUGGUGCAACUAUAAAAAUGACACGUGGUAACAUGAUGGAAUGUUAUUCACUCAAGAACAAAGAUUUUUUUUUCAUGCAGCGCAAUACAAAGAAAAAGACACGUGCGCGUCAUCCAUCGACGUUCUGCCUGUUUCUGAUUAAAGUUUCAGUUCAGAGUCGGCGCUUGCGUCCACCAGGUCUACGUUUGCUGUCUUCGUUUACACUGCGUGGCUCCAUUGCAGUGGUUCUGAAGCUAAACCGGCCUCCGUGGGUGUCGUCCUCCGGCGGGAGUUGUGUGUUUUUUACCCCCGCCCUUUAUGCUCUCGGGCCCCGUCCGAAAGAGCCCUUCGACUCCGGACAUCGCAACGAGGUUCUAGCAGUUAGCCGCCUACCACACCGGUGCACACUAAUCGCCGAGAAUGUUGCCACCCAAUGGCCGAAGCAAGCACAACAGCAAGCGCAGGCUUCUCAAUGGAUUCCCUACCAAACGCCUGACCCGGCCGCGGCGCCAGAGCGCGUCGACGAGCAGUCCGAAUGGCCCACCCAAGCGGCGGCCUACCAGGAGUCGCGCUUCGCAUUUAAUCAGGACGCCGGCGCCCUCGGCCAGGUCGCCGACGCCGCUGACCUCGAGGUUGACUGGGGGCCGACGCAAGAGCAGCAGCAAUCUUACCAAAAAGGAACGUCUCCUGAACCGGACGCAGGCGAACCGCGGUGCAUCCGGGCCUGCACGCUGGUCGCCCUCUUUCUGCUUAACGCGGCCAUCGUGGUAUCGAUCGUGGUGCUGGUGUUGAGCGACGCCAUGCUUUCCUGGACGUCGGUCUUGUCGACGGAGACGACGGACACCGAGACGAUCGUGAACAAGCUUUACUUCACACCAUCGACCAAUGCGACCACACUACCAGCGGAGAACCAGUGGCACGAGGGGGUGGACGACACGGACACCCGGUACACGGACCCCCACCACCAGACGGCCUGCGUGUUCCACGCAUCUGCCGACGGGAUGGCCAGCGACCACCGCACCCGCUUCGGCAUCUCCGUGUUUCCGUUCGCUCUGUGCCGCUUGGCGCUGUUCUGCUGCCCGCCGCUGGCCACCAACCUGGAGCCGCGUCACGCCGACGCCCGGAUGUCGGAGUUCGCCACCCGAGCCCGGCGGGUCAACCGGUUCGUGCAGCCCCUCAUGAUGCUGGGCGACGGGUCGGCCGCCAGCUCGGCGAUUUUCACCGCUCUGCUGAGCGACUUAGAGGAGAGAAGACUGGCUCACGACGUGGGUGACUGGUAUAAGGCGCACAACUACACGGGCGUUGUCCUGCGCUGGCCAGAGUCCACGCCCAGCAGCGCGUGGCACCACAACGUGGCAGCGCUGCUGCGAGGGCUCGCACAGCGACUCAACUCGGCGAGGCGCCCCAUUCGCCUGGGUGUCGCGCUGCGCCAGGACAGCUACGGGCCGGACUUGAAGAACAUCGUCUCCAGCCUUGGCCAGGCGUCCAUCUUCCUCUUGCCGCCCGCCAUGCCCCAGAACAAGUUUUACGCGCACACGAUACGCUACUACAGCCAGACAACAUUGGACACCUUGUAUAGCCUCAACCUUCGCUUUCUCAGCCGUAACAUCGCCGACCACCUGUGUUACCUGUUCCCGGCCGACACUUACACUUACCGGGUGAAGCCGCCCGACACGACUCAAUCUCUCGGUCCCGGCAUCGAAGGUGACGUGACCAAGCACGCCGGACGCAUGGCGUACUUCGAGACGUGCCUCCUUGCGAGCACGUACUCGAAACACGUCACUGACUACGGCGUCGAGGCACUGCGGGCCGAUUCCUUUCUGGCGUACACGGAACCGCAGCUGCUGGGGCGCUUCGUCGACGACUUGCACAAGAACGCGUCGGCCACUUGCGUGGGCAUCUGGAAUCCGCAGAUGGACGACUUCGGCGGCAGCUGCGGUUCCGGGAAAUACCCGCUCACUAGCGCCACCUUCCGCUUCUACAACGACACCCAUCACUAGCCUUGGGGGCCCACCACGAUGCCAGGACGGGGCUUUCUCGUUGCCGCCGUUAAUUUUAUUUGAUCCUUUGUUUAGCUUUUGCGACGCGUGGCGCAGCUUUUUUAAAAGCAUGUCCUGUUGAGCAUGUCGCCGUCGGGUAGUAUCUCGACCGAGCUUCGGCCGACGAAGCGACGCUGGAGGCUACAAAGCCCGGUUCGCUUUCGGGCCUUGGCUUACGUUGCACGUAAUACUGUUUAGAAAUAUUGAUGUUUAAAUUUGGCUUUUUUUCUUUGCGAA